AUGUUCUUUCCAGUGAUUCCAUCUUCUCUUGUAGGCAUCAUCACUGCGAAUUUAAGAAGGAUUAUGGCUAAUUUCACCAUGAGUGGGUUUAUUCUGAUGGGAUUUUCUGUCAAGCCAGAUCAGGAAAUUAUACUUGCUUCUCUGUUCUUAGUCUUAUACAUGAUGGCUUUAACUGGCAAUAUCCUCAUUAUCACCACAAUUUCCCUGGACAGUAGUCUCCAAUCACCCAUGUAUUUCUUCCUGAAACAGCUGUCCUUUCUGGAUCUGUGCUGCAUUUCUGUAACUGUACCAAGGUCCAUAUUUAAUUCUUUCAUGCACAGUGGCUACAUUUCCCUUGGGGAAUGCAUAGUGCAGUGUUUUGCUUUCACUCUCUGUGCUUCCGCUGAGGUAUCCAUGCUCACGGUGAUGUCUUAUGAUCGCUACGUGGCCAUAUGCCUUCCACUGCACUACGAAAUUAUCAUGGAUGUCAGCAAAUGUAUCCAUGGAGUCUUAGGCGUCUGGACCAGUGGGGUCAUUUCUGGAGUCAUGCAAACAGCUGCCACUUUCUCCAUUAACUUCUGUGCUUCCCACAUUCACCAGUUCUUUUGUGAUCCCCAGCUCCUAAAACUCUCUUGUUCUAAUGAAUAUAUCAGCGAUAUUGGAGUCACUGCCUUCUUGUCUUUUAUGUCCUUUCUUUGCAUUGCCUUUAUUGGACUGUCCUAUGCACAGAUAUUUUCUACUGUGCUGAGGAUGCCAUCUGCUGAGGGCAGAGCUAAAGCAUUUUCUACUUGCAUUCCCCACCUGGCUGUUGUUAUUUUAUUUAUUUCAACCAGCGCAUUUGAGUUUCUCAAGCCACCUUCUGACUCUCCAAGUGGACUGGACAUUUUUCUCACUAUUAUGUACACAGUUGUGCCCCCAGCACUCAACCCAAUGAUCUACAGUCUGAGAAAUAAAGCCAUAAAGGCAGCCCUAAGAAAGGUAUUCCAAAGUAGAAAUGCUGACCUCCCUUGUUGA